AUGGCUGACGACCUGGUGGCUUCCGCAGACAAGCUGGAUGUCCAGUUGGACAGCCCCAGAGAUGGCGAAGGACCCGUGGACCCGACCUUCGGGGUCGAUGAGAAGAAGCUCGUAGCUAAGCUGGAUCGCCACCUUAUUCCUCUGGUCAUGUUGUUAUACACUUUCAGUUUUCUCGAUCGUGUGAACAUUGGAAAUGCACGUCUCUAUAAACUGUCGGAGGAUCUGAACCUGGUCGGGAAUCAGUACCAGAUUGCCGUGUCGAUCCUCUUCGUGACAUAUCUUCUCUUCGAGGUCCCCAGCAACCUGGUCCUCAAGCGCUUCACGCCGUCGCGGUGGAUCGCCUUUAUUACUCUGUCCUGGGGCAUCGUCGCCACGCUGACCGGCCUGGUCAACAGCUUCGGCUCCCUUGUAGCCGUCCGCCUGAUCCUCGGUGCUCUCGAGGCCGGGCUCUUCCCGGGCCUCAAUGUCUACCUGACCUUCUUCUACACGAAGCGCGAGCUUGCGCUGCGGGUCGGGUACUUGUUCGUGAGCGCGGCCAUCGCCGGGUCGCUGGGCGGUCUGCUGGCGUACGGCAUCGGCCACAUGCAAGGCAUCGCGGGGAUGAACGGGUGGCGGUGGAUCAUGAUCAUCGAGGGGCUGCCGACUCUCGUGCUCGGCGUGGCGACUUUCUUCCUCCUGCCCGACGACGCCAGCAGCGCCUACUUCUUGACGGACAACGAGAAGAAGCUGAUGGUGGCGAGAUUCCGCCGGAGCUAUGGCGACACGGCGUCCGCGCAGGAGUUCAGCAAGAAGGACAUGAUGAAGGCGUCCAAGGACUGGAAGGUCUGGAUGUUCUGCGCCGGGCAGUUCGGGAUGGAUACCAUGCUUUACGGAUAUUCCACAUUCUUGCCCACUAUCAUUAAUGGCAUCGGAACAUGGACGACUGCUGAAGUCCAGUUGUUGACUAUCCCAUGCUACUUCUUGGGCGCUGUGACGUACAUGACAGUUGCCUAUUUGUCAGACCACACACAGAGACGGGGUAUUUUCUGUAUCAUUUUCGGCACUGUGAGCGUUGUAGGAUACGGUAUCCUGAUCUCCAACACUCCGGCUGGAGUUCACUACUUUGGAUGUUUCUUGGUUGCGAUGGGGCUCUACGUCGCCGUCGGCCUACCUUUGGCAUGGCUUCCAAAUAAUACACCCCGUUACGGCAAGCGCACCACUGCAAAUGGGAUGCAGCUAACAGUAGGUAACGCCUCCGGUAUCAUGUCGCCCUUCAUAUAUCUUACGGCAGAGGGCCCGCGUUACAUACGAGGAAAUGCUGUAUCCCUCAGUAUGGUCGGCAUGGCUACAUGUAUCUAUGCGUUCAUGUGGUUUUGGUUUGCCAGGGAAAAUAAGAAGCGAGAUGCUGGGCACAUCAAUCCUGCCCUCGAGGGACUCUCUGAGGAGGAGCUGGCUGAGCUUGGAGAUGAAAGUCCUCACUAUAGAUAUACGUAUUGA